UGAUAGCCAUGGGUAGGUCUAAACUUUUACGGUCAUGUUCACUUAACCUGGUACCCGAUCUAUGUCUCACUCGGUAAACUUAUGAUAUGGUCAAUCAUUGGUCUAGGACCCCUAGUCAUUCUACAAUGGGGGACGUAUCUAGAAGGGUGGCCGUCAACCUUACUCCACAUUUGGUCCUCAUAAAUUCCGAAUACUUAAUAAUAUUGAACACAUUUUCCGAGUAUCAAACCUAAAAGGUGAAGGGCAAAAGCGUUUUAAUCGGGCACAGUGACUUAAUAUUUGGGUAUGAAAUGAUUGAAAGGAUGGCAUACUAUGGAAUAGCAUCAAAUCUAGUAUUGUAUCUAACAAAGAAGCUUCAUGAGGGUACUGUCAAAUCUUCAAACCAUGUUACCAAUUGGGCUGGUACAGUUUGGAUCAUGCCAGCUGCUGGUGCUUACAUAGCUGAUGCCUAUCUUGGUCGAUAUUGGACCUUUGUCAUAUCAUCAGCCAUUUACUUUUUGGGAAUGUGUUUAUUAACUCUAACAGUAUCACUACCAAUGUUGAGACCACCACCUUGUGGUCAAGAUAUAGCAGACAAAGAUUGCCCAAAAGCUUCAUCAUUCCAAAUUGGUAUUUUCUUCUUUGCUUUGUACAUCAUUGCAGUAGGCACAGGUGGAACUAAGCCAAACAUUUCCACAAUGGGAGCUGACCAAUUUGACGAGUUCGAGCCCAAAGAGAGGUCCCAAAAACUUUCCUUUUACAAUUGGUGGGUUUUUUAUAUUUUAAUUGGAACCAUUUCAGCCCAAACAGUAUUGGUUUAUAUACAAGACAAUGUUGGUUUUAGCCUUGGAUAUGGGAUUCCAACCAUUGGACUUGUUAUAUCCAUAUUGAUUUUUGUGUUAGGAACACCACUUUAUAGACAUAGAUUACCCUCUGGAAGCCCUUUAACUAGGAUGGUUCAAGUCUUUGUGUCUGCUAUGAGAAAGUGGAAAUUAAAUGUCCCAAUUGAUUCAAAAGAACUACAUGAGGUCAGCAUUGAAGAGUAUACAAGUAAAGGAAGGUAUAGAAUUAAUCACAGCUCUUCAUUAAGAUUCCUUGACAAAGCUGGACUGAAUACUGGCCAAACAUCACCAUGGAUGCUUUGUACUGUGACACAAAUUGAGGAAACAAAACAAAUGAUAAAAAUGAUUCCUAUAUUGAUUACAACAUGUAUUCCAAGCACAAUUAUAGCUCAAACAACCACACUCUUCAUAAGACAAGGCACGACACUAGACAGGAGAAUGGGACCUCAUUUUAAAAUUCCUCCGGCAUGUCUCAUAGCAUUUGUAAAUAUCUUCAUGCUGAUAAGCGUUGUAAUCUAUGAUCGCAUUUUUGUUCCUGCUAUCCGACGCUACACAAAGAAUCCAAGAGGAAUCACAAUGCUACAAAGACUAGGAACCGGCCUGGUUAUGCACGUCAUUAUAAUGGCUAUUGCAUGCCUUAUCGAGAGAAAGAGACUCGGCGUUGCUAGAGAUAGCAACCUAUUAGGCAUGCACGAUACGAUCCCUCUUUCCAUUUUCAUUCUCGUCCCUCAAUUCGCUUUAAUGGGGAUUGCCGAUACGUUUGUUGAUGUUGCUAAGCUAGAGUUUUUCUAUGAUCAAGCACCUGAAUCCAUGAAAAGUCUUGGAACAUCAUAUUGUACCACAACAUUGAGCAUUGGGAAUUUUUUGAGUACUUUUCUUCUAUCAACUGUUGCUGAUCUCACAAGUAAACAUGGUCAUAAGAGUUGGAUUAAGGAUAAUCUAAAUGUCUCACGUUUAGAUUAUUAUUAUGCUUUUUUGGCCUUGUUGAGUGUUGUCAAUUUCAUUUGUUUCUUUGUUAUUGCCAAAUUCUUUGUAUAUAAUGAGGAUGUAACACAAACCAAAAUGAACUUAGAGAUGAACCACCCUGCUUAUAAGACUGAAAUAAGUCAAAGUAUCUCACAACUAGAUGCAUCCUAGAGAAAACACUAAAAAAAGUUUUUCUGUUCUUGUAAUAAGCCUUUAGUUGUGACUCAUUUUCUAUGCUUAUAUGUUCUUUUAAAUCGCAAGUGUGCAUAUGUUGCUUAAAAUCAUCAAUAAAAUUGAGAUAA